AUGGAUUUCCACCCCACCCCUCUGGCUUUCUCCUUCCAAGGCUUUCACCGGUUCUCCCUAAAAAAUUUCAAGCCAUACUCUCUAAAAAAAUCAUUUGAAUUUUACGAUCCCAAUGGAAGGCAAAGAGAGAAAAGAAAAGGCCUGUACGACAGCUUCCGCAGUAAUCAGUCUGGUGUGUUGCGCACAGUCUGUCUUCAGAACGGUGAGAUUCUUUAUGAAAAUGAUUAUCGAGGACUUCGCAACCGAAUCAUCCAACUCAAUGACACGGUCCUAUUGGAACAGUAUAUCGCACGAUACCCCAGAGCGGCUACAGGUCCUGGAGAGGUAUACUACCACGACCCUUUCUUCAUCGCUGCUGAGUGUGGGAGUACCGAUGCUCUUCGCCUUCUUUUAAAUGUCCAUAAUACCGACCCUACUCAAAGGAAAGCACCCGAUAAACGAGAGUUAUUGGAUCUUGCCUGCCAGAACGCCCACAUCAACACCGUACGUUUCUUGGUGGACAGUGAGCCUCUACUAGGAGAUGUUCGCGCAGGAAAUCAAUAUGGGGACACAGCACUACUGUCAGCUGCAGCUUCAUUGGAGCGGUUUCGUUACGAAGAUUGGAAAGAUAAUGAUCUUAGCGAAGAAUGGAUUCGUGAUCGAUUCGUUCGUAGCGAAGACAUCAUACAGCUGCUACUUGACAGAGGAGCUUCUGCUCGUGACUCCAAUACCUCAGGAUUCUUCAGAGAAGAGUAUGAUGUACAUAAGUCACAGCCGCGGAACACUGUUCUGAGUCUUGCUGUUUCACGAGCCAGUCCUGGUUUGGUAAAACGGCUCAUUGACGAAGGGGCCGAUGUACACCGAAAAGACUGGUAUUUGCGCCUGCCUGAUUCCAAAUUUGGAGGAAGCGAUAUAGACGCUACAGAUGUCUCGGUUCUUCAUCUGGCUAGCUCGUAUUGGAAUGUGGCAGCGAUCACAGUUCUGCUCCAUAAUGGAGGUACUGAACUGCUGUCCUCUCCAGAUAGUAUUGGACGCUUACCUAUCCAUUGGGCGGCUGCUGGUUGUAUGUUCCAUAACGAACAUACCAUUCCUGACAACGAACUCGAUUCACGAAUCAUUGAAACAUUUAAACUAAUCUUAACCGGCGGCCUUGAUAUGAUCAAUGUUAAGGACAAAGAAGGAAUGACAGCUUUAUUUUACAUGAUUGGAAGCCAUGCUGGGUGUGGUAUCGGGCAUUUGCAUCUUCUUACAAAAUUUUUGCUUGAAAAAGGGGCAAAUGCUGACCUACAGAAUAACAAAGGACAGACCGUGCUACAUAUAUUGGCUUCCAAUUCUAUGACUGGCGAGCCUAUCAACGCCGCCUUCAUAGACCUCUUACUUGCGCAUGGAGCCGAUAUACACCAGACUGACAUGAAUGGCGAUACUGUUCUUCAUCUUAUGGCAAAAAACUUACGCCAAGUUGAAGUGACCCGAGCCGUAGUUAGCAAAGGCGCGAAUGUCAGAGCUGUUAAUGCCAAAGGAAAUACACCAUUUCAUGAAGUUGGAUUAGGAUUACUCCGGAGUCGAGUGUUUCGACGACAGAAAACGGAGAUUGUGACUUUAGAAGACAAAUUGAAAGCACAAAAUGAGAUGGUUGCGGUCCUUCAGGACGGAAAUGGAUACAACAAUGCCCUUAUGGACCAACCAAAUGUAGCUGGAAAAGCACCACGACAAUUACUUGAAGAGAGACGGGCUCUGUGGCAGGAUAUAGAGUCAAAAUCAUCACGAUCUGUACGUAAUCAGUAG